AUGGCCACAAGUGUCGCUGCCCCUUAUGUAUCAGUUUCGUCCUCAACACCAUCAAGUCGAAAUAACCAACGAGUUUCACAAUUGACUUCAAUUGAUAAUAAUUCUCAUCGAACUAAUGUCAAUAAAGAACCAAUGAUCAGUGUACCUUCUGAUGGUGUUCCAGUUAAAUUUGGCGAUAAUCUAUUCAGUGUUUUAAUCAAAGAUCAAGUUAGUCAACUACUUGAUCUACCACAUAUUAAACAGCUUGAUCAUGUUGAAGAAAAUGCUGUCCGAAAACUCACACACGAUAUAACUGAAAUGUUAAAACGAAUUGUUGCACAACACGUAAAAGAUAAUUAUAAAGCUAUUAUACAAGUCAUAUCGUAUCCUAAACAAGAUGAAAGCAGUAUUGUAAUAAUGAGUCGAUGCCUAUGGAAUCAUCGAACGGAUGAUGUACUUUCAGUUGAAAUCGAUACAGAUGCAUUUAAAUUUGUUAUUAUUAUACAUGGUGUUGCUGCGUGA